AUGCCAAAGCCACAUCGUUCUCGAGGCAAUUCACCUGAGGCAGAUGCCAUUUUUGAGGAUUACCAGACACCCCUGGAGAAUCUGCCCUCUCUGAAUGAAUUUCCAUCGCGUGAAGUUUCUCCUUCGUGCGAGUCAACCACAUCUACUGUUCCCGAGAGCAAGAAAAGAUCGAAAUUCCAAGCUCUCAAGUCCAAAAUGAGCUUCAAAGAUUUGAAGAAAGAACUUCCAAAUGAUGAAAUUUCCGAUCCGAUUCCUGUCCCAACAUUGACUGAGAACACCAAGCCUUGCCUUCGUCGCCCUCUCAACAGUGCUACCACCAUGCCGUCAAUCGCGUCUACUGCAUCCACAACGAAGGUCAGGCCGACGCUUAACCAGAUGACCCUCACUCGGAAAGUGAGUGUUUCUACCAAGGCUACGUCUUCCGUCAAUACCAGCGCCACCCCAAGCCGGAUACCUCUACCACCUUCAAAUACAUUGUCACAAGGAGGCGUUCCCUUGAAGGUACAUGGUAGCCAGCGCCGUACUUCAGGCCAGAGACCUCCAAGCUACUCGUCAAAUGCAAGCAAGGAAGAAAGGGUGGUAACGGACUCCAGCCUUGGAACUGCAAGCUCGAAUACCCGUGAGAGUCACCAACUCGACAUUGUCGUCACACGUCCAGGCCCUGAAGGCGCUUUAAACACCUCGAGUGUGCCCCCGUAUCUUGAUCGACCAAAAUACCCGGUCACUGGCGAAUCGCCUCCUCAUCCUCAUGAUCUUUUGGAGGGAAGCGGCAAAGUCAAAUACAUUCCAAGGACAUGGUUGGAUGGGCCUUGCCCGCCAACUUCUUCGCCGCUCAAUGGGAAAGACUCGGUCGAGUCCACCAGCACAGUGAAACAAUAUCGAAGCAGUUCUAUUCCUUCUCGCGUCCCGACGCUGAAAGAGCGGUUCGAGAAGGCAAGCCUUCCUUUAGAGGAGUCCACCAAUGGCCCAAGGCGUCCCAUGGGGCUGCAGGUCGAUGAAAUCGUCGAGAUGGUCCGCUCAAUCCAACGCCACGCCGAUACUGGGAUUGAGGGUAUGACCAAAAAGCUGGAGGAACUCUCCACCUGGAUCACUGAUCAGCUCAACCAUCAUAUCCAGAAUAUCACGGAUCUCUCUCGAGCCAACUCAGACCUUUUUAAUAAGCAGAGUCAGCUCUCGCGAGAAAUGAUGAGUUUCCAGCUGGCCAUUCGUCUUGAAAUUGGCGGUAUGGAGCGACACCUCAAUGGCUUCGAGAUGCAGCUGGUGGAUGAGUUACAAGCGGAGGUCCGGGCGUUGGCGAAGUCAUACGAGGAAUUGAACAUAAAAACCGAUGCUUUGCUCCAGGAUCAUUUGAAGGAUGAAGCGAAACAUUUCAUGGAAGUCCAGCGCAUGAAAAACACUGAGAUCAAAGCUGAGAUUGCGUAUCUCAAAGGUCAUGCUCCCCAUGAUUCUGCAUUGCUUCCCCCUCCUACCCUCCCCAUCAUGCCAGCUAUGAGCGUCUCGAGCACGCGCAGUAUCGAGCCCCUGAUCAAAAAGAUUGAAUCUACCGUCAAAAUCGCCGAAGAGCAGGCCAGACUCAAAGAUAUCGCCACGAAUGCAGGCGUCCUUGCAAUUGCGGCCACGCAUCCCCCUAUGCUACCGCCUCCUCGACCUCCAAUGAAAGUAUCAACUUCUGGUGUCAAAAGACUCUCUCCGACAAAUACAGAUGAGGGGGAGACGAAGAACAGAGAAGUUUGUGUCAGUGAAGACAAGCCUGCGGGUGACUUGCCGCGCAGCACUUCUCUAACGAAGAAAGGAUUUCUAAAGAAUAGUAUGACCAAUUCUCCUGACCAGAAAGAAAAUGCACACCAGAAGGCAGGACAUGGCAUCAGGGACGAACCUAAGAAAUGGAGCAUUUUUGGAUUCCGUCGCCGCCAUGCUACUUCCAGCAGAACUACCCCCAGCAUUGAUACCAAAGCACGCUCUCUGUCUUCCCUGAAGCCUGCUAAAGAGCAGGCGAGAUCGGAUAAUCAAAAGGACAAAAGUAGCACUGGCUCGUCAACACCCCCCGGCCCUUCCGUCCCAGUCCAAUUUGCCUACGAAACUCCGAAGAAAGACAAUAUUUCCUGGAAACCACUCCAUCCAGCCUUGCGAUCCGCUGAGCCCAGAAGAUCAAGUUCGCUCAAAAGGCCCAAAGCUGCACGAUCACGACCACCGCCCGUCGAUCUUUCGUCUCCUCUCCAUCGUGGGCGAGGCUUAUCACCUUUGUCUCCUGCGGUCGAAUGGUAUUCGACAGCCUGUUCUUCAGCGGGCAGCAGUGCUCUUCCCACCGCAAUCGGUCGAUUGCCGCCUUACUCUACUGUCCACGGCGGGAAAAGUUCAUCAAGCUUGCCUCCUAUCGCUCAAGUGUGCCCAUCCACGCCUACCACCUCUUCUUCGGCGGACGGUGUUCCUCUUCCAAGCUCGGACGUGGAACCAGCUUUAGUUUCUGUGUCUGAGACGGAGACUAAGACGAGUGAGAGCGAUGAUGAUGUAGAGGAGCAGCCAUUGCUUGCUGGCGAUGACACUGGGACCGAAUGGAGCUAUGUUUCCAAGACGGAGAUUCGAGGUCAUGAAACCACGAUUUGA